UUGAAGCAUCAUGUCCAAAAGAGGACGUGGAGGUUCAGCAGGAGCGAAGUUUAGAAUAUCGCUCGGUUUGCCUGUUGGUGCAGUUAUAAAUUGUGCAGACAACACAGGAGCCAAAAAUUUAUAUGUUAUCGCCGUGCAAGGAAUUAAAGGAAGGCUGAACAGGCUUCCUGCUGCUGGUUCUGGUGACAUGUUUGUGGCAACUGUUAAAAAGGGAAAACCAGAAUUAAGGAAAAAGGUAAUGCCUGCGGUCGUUAUUCGACAGCGGAAACCGUUUAGGAGGAAGGACGGGGUUUUUAUAUACUUUGAGGAUAAUGCUGGUGUUAUAGUCAACAACAAGGGAGAAAUGAAAGGAAGUGCUAUCACUGGACCAGUUGCUAAGGAAUGUGCUGAUUUGUGGCCUAGGAUUGCUAGUAAUGCCUCUAGUAUAGCUUAAUUAACAACAGCAAUUUUAAAUAAAAUUUAUUUGUUC